AUUCGCGCCAAAGCUACGCCUUCCGAGUCGAACCUCCCCCCAAACUGCAAAAAUUUCGCUUGCCUCUCUGACCCCGAGUCACACAUACACCCACACAACGCGAGAGCCUGCGUCUACUGCAUGUCUCUUUCGGCCACAGUCAACAUUUUCGACCUGACCUUGCACGUUCGUCCGCUGCAUACCCAAAAGUAAAAAACCCAAUACCAACCCACCCCCACAACCGUCACCAUGGCUACCAUCAACAUCCGCCGCGAUGUCACCGACCAGUUCUACCGCUACAAGAUGGAGCGUAUCCAGUCUAAGAUCGAAGGCAAGGGCAACGGCAUCAAGACUGUCAUUGUCAACCUGACCAGCGUCGCCAACUCGCUUGCCCGCCCCCCCGCUCAUGUCAUCAAAUACUUUGGUUUCGAGCUGGGAGCCCAGACCAACACGAAUCCCAACGACGACCGCUGGAUCAUCAACGGCGCCCACGACGCCAGCAAGCUACAGGACUACCUCGACGGCUUCAUCUCCAAGUUCGUUCUGUGCAAGAAGUGCAAGAACCCCGAGACCGACGUCCACAUCAAGGAUGGAAACAUCACGCUUGACUGCAAGGCGUGUGGUAAGAUCUCUGAUGUCGAUGCCCGCCUCAAGCUGAGCUCCUUCAUCUUGAAGGAUGCACCCAAGAAGGGCAAGAAGGACAAGUCGACCAAGAAGGCCGAGCGUCGUGCCCGCAAGGAGGCCGAGGCCCGAGGUGAAGAGCCCUCGCAGAACGGCAGCCCCGGUGACAGCGCAGAGGACGACGAGAACGGCGACUUUGACGUUGAGGCUGGUAGUGACGACGAGCUCACUCGCCAGAUCAACGAGGGUGCUGACGAGAUUGAGGAAGCCAAGGAAGUCGAGUGGCACCUUGACACCUCUGAGGAGGCCAUCAGGGCUCGCGCCAAGGAUCUCCCGGAUGACCUCAAGCGUGCUCUGGUCAUUGAGGAUGAUGAGGAAGGCGAGGGUGGUUCCAACUACGACGUCUUUGGCAAGUGGAUCAUCGACACCGCCGCGGAGAAGGGCAGCGUUGACAAGCUUGACAACGUCGAGAUCUACCUCAAGGCCAAGGAGCUCGGUAUCGAGUCGAAGCACCGCACCCUGACCGUCAUCCCCCAGACUCUCUUCACCGAGAAGAUUGUCAAGCAGAUCGAGGGGCGCGCUCCCAUGCUCAAGAAGCUCCUCACUUCUGAGCGCCACGAGAAGGCCUUCCUUGGUGGUACUGAGCGCUUCGUCGGCAACGACAAGCCCGAGCUCAUCCCCCAGAUCUCGGCCAUCCUGCUCAAGUACUACGAGAACGACCUCGUCUCUGAGGAGGUUCUCAAGGGCUGGUGCUCCAAGGCGAGCAAGAAGUACGUCGAUCUCAAGACGAGCAAGAGCGUGCGCAAGGCGGCUGAGAAGUUUGCCGAGUGGCUCGAGAACGCGGAGAGCGAUGAGGAGGAUUCUGAGUAGUUUGUUGAUGAUUUGCUUUGAUUUGCUUUUCAACGGCGUGUGGACAACUCUCCUCCUGUG